CGGAAGGCCGCGGGAAGGCUCAUUCAAAGCUCCAGAACUGGAAUUCAAGAAGAUCCGCGUUCAAGUCGCCGAUGUUCGUUUCAACAGCCCACGAAAGGGAAACGAAAAGUCUGAAGUCCAAUGCGAAACGAUCGUCUCGAUCGGCCCAUUUAAUAAUGUCGAUUGAAUGGACAUUUCACGACGAUACGUUCCAUCUUUCGAUGUAAAGAAGAGCCUCGGCUUCAUUUUCCACUGAUAUGGUAAAGGGGCGACGAAUCAGAACCGAAAAGUGAUUCGAGCCUGUAGUGCGAUACACCGACUCUCCUGAUCUGCAGCCCUUACCUAUGAGCGCGAGGCACAAGAUAGACGUUUCCAAGAGAUCAUGUCUGAAUCUGGUGGCCGGCACGUAUGCAAUAAAUAAAUGGCUACCACCGCCAAGGACUCUUGAAACGAGUACUCGAUCUUAUUGUUAUAGUCAUUCCAAUAAUUGUACACGCCAACCUUACAAGAGGCCGGCUAUUGGAAUGCAUUAUUCUUCUCGAGAUGAAAAAAUAUAAUAUUUUCAGUCGACACUUUGAUGAAGGGGAAUUGACAGCAUUGCUGAAGUAGAAAAGAAAUGGUAUUGAGCGUGAACCUCUACGGUCGGUAAAUAAGUUCAAUAUGUGGUGGUCACAAUCAGCUCUAGGCAUGUGGGC